CUCUUACUAAGACCAGAUCUUCAAGGUCUGCUCCCUUUGUGGAGUGUGUUGUUACACUCCCUGGUGUUUCUCAUGGCGUCCUACACAGUAGUCACUGUGCCAGCACGGAGCAACUGCAACAGUGUGGAUGCCUUCCGAUUCUUCCUGUGGGUGAAGAAACUACAGGAACUGGAAAGGGAGAAGGACAUGUUGUGGCUGGGGAUGAAGGCGCUCGAGCAGGUCCGUGGCUGGAUACACUGCAAACUGGAGGGAAACAACAGACAACACAGCUACAGGGGGACUGAAGGAAAGUUAGAGGAAAGUUAGUGUGAAGUCCUAAGCACUGGCUAUCUGUGGGCUCAGAUGCAGAGGGUAAGCAGCACUCCGAACAGGAUGGUGUGUGACUCCAUCUGGGUGCCACCCUGCCCAGCACAGACAACCCACAGAGGUCCUAGGAGUCAAGUGGAACCAGGCUUCUAAUGUCUUCCCAGGACAUGGGAGAGCACUGUAAAGGGCAGCUUUAACAAUGAUCUCGUGCCAAACUAACAUAAAAUUGUUCAUUUAAAAUGACAACUAUAAUGGUUAAUUCCCAUGUUUUCUCUUCCAUGCUGAAAAUUUUCACAUAAAAUGUAAGUAAUACUUCAGAUUUAGUCUCUGCUUAAUCUUACCGGACUUGGUAGUGCUGCUUUAAAAAAAUUUUUUUUUAAGUUUUAGAAUGACUUAAAACAUUAAAAACAUGUAAAACGGAGUUUAACGUACAUAGUGUCAUCUUAUUUUAAAUCUUCACUUUGCACACGGCAACCACAAUUAAGUUAUAUUACAUCAGCACUAAAAGGGAGUAAAAGUCCUCAUUGUGCGAGCGCCAGGACUUUUAUGUUGAAGGGCUCUCAUGCUGUUAGCCAUAUUGGAAACAAUCUGGCGGUGAGUUCAAGAAGGCAGACAACUUGGCUCAUAACAGGGAUUAAUUAACAAGAUAACGAGUGAAACUUUGUAACUAAGCCAAAACAUGUUACGGAGAAGGAGCAGCAGCAGCAGCGCAAAAGGCUCAAGGAAACAGCGAAGCAGCAGCGUGGGCUUUGACGAAUUCGGCUUUGCGUUAAGUAAAAAAGAGAAGAAACUGCAACAUAGAUGCCAUGAUUACAGCUAUCCCCAGCCAAAUGCCGUCAAAGUCAAAGAGCUGUGCGAACUUCUCAGCUAUUGGAAUGGAUCCAGUUUCAUUUGUAGAAGUCAGAUCGAGCGGUUUAUCCGCAUGGGAAUACCUCCCGCGUUGCGAGGGCGGGUGUGGAAACGUCUGCUCAACAUCGAGACCGUCAGGCUGUCCAGUGACUUCAGCUACCAGGCUUGUCUGAGUGAGAUCAGGAAGCCACUGAAGGACCUUGGCCUGAGUGAGUAUGGCGUCAUCUCAGUCAUCACCACGCUGGGUGACGGAGAGCAUGAUGUCAGCUCAGACCCCACACUCGUCACGCCCUCUUUGACCUCCUCCUAUGUGGACGCGGCCCUCUUCAGAGAGAUCGCUCUGGACCUGCAGAGGUCUUUCCCUACUCAUCGCUCUCUCAUGGGUGACAGCCCUGAAGCCAUUGAGGGCCAGGCCAAGCUUUUCCGAGUGCUCACUGCAUAUGCGAAAUACAACCCCCAAAUCGGCUACAGCCAAGGGAUGUCCUACAUUGCUGCAGUAUUCCUCAUGGUCCUGGAUGAGGAGGAAGCUUUCUGGGCCAUGGUGAUUCUGCUGGAGAAACCCAAGUACCUUUCUGAACUCUUCGACUCCUCGCUCAAAAAGAUCCAGCACCAGGCGCUGGUGUUUCAGCAGUUACUGAAGCAUCGGGAGCCACAGCUCUACCAGCACAUGGAGAAGCUUGGUGUUUCCUCACUCCAUUUCAUCAUGCAGUGGUUCCUGACGCUCUUCACCUUUCUCCCAUGCUGGGACUCUGUCCUGGCUAUCUGGGACCUCUUCCUGCUCCAUGGCGUGACGGCUGUCUUUCGUGCCGGACUGGCCAUCCUGCAGUUGAUGGAGGCGCGGCUCCUGAGUGUGACGGAGGAGGCGGCCGUGCUUCCUGUCCUGCUGCGUGUGCCUGUGGACAUCUCUCGAUACUGUGUUCUGAUCCCUGCUCUCUGGAGCAUUGAGGUACAGGAGUGGGAGAUCAACUGUAUGACUAGCCUCAUUCUGGAGGAGACAACAGAGGAGCACAACACAAGGAAUCCAGUGAACGGCAGUGUGGACCCUCAGUGCAGUGAGGAGCAGGAUGGUCAGAAAUCUGCUGCUGAAAGCCCUGCCUACAACUCACCAUGUGAGAGAGAGGCUGUGGGCUCUGGAGGGAAGAACGUCUUUGCACGUCUGCUGAAGGUAGCACAGAGAUACCUGGCAGACACAGCCAAGCACAGCACAGCAGUCAAGGGCCGGGCCUCUACUGGCAAACUCAGAUCAGCGGCAGCCUGUUUGCCUAAAGAGAGGACCUGCAGUACCUUAUCCCAGAAGAGGAGAAGCCAAAGCAGGCAGUCCCCGCAUGCAGCUGUAGGUGUGGUCAGAAAAGAGCCACUCCCCCUUCAGGCCUCUGGAGGAGGUGAAGCUGAGGACAGUGGCCCGAAGCUUUUCCGAAGGCUGAAGUCUGGAUCUGUGAGCAGAGUGGUCCGCAAGCGCAGUGGAGGAGCCACAUCCCGCCGGGCCCGUUCCGUGGCUGUACACGGGCGUGCCCCCCAAGCCCAGCCGUCCCCCGGCCCGGCCUCACGGGUUCAGCACCAGGCCAGUGUGGAGUCCCGGAAAUCCCCCCACAGGAACCUCUCACAAGGACGUACCCCACUGGCUGAGUGCAAUGGCGCCAUCAGUCCUUCUUCAGCCAAUCAGGUGCGGGAGUCCCAGCUCAUCUGAAAGGGGAAAGGGGGCCAGGGGAAAACGCCUCUCUCCUCGGUGAGCGACUCGAGCCUUAAUGGGGGUGUCUCCACCUGGACCUUCAUGUUCUGACAACUAACUACUUUUUGGUUGGAGCAAAGUUUGAUCCAGGCAACCUUAACCACCAAUAGUCCAACCUUAAUAGUCAAUUAACCUCAUAACUUUCUAACCAGAGUGAGCAUGAGAGAAGCUGUUUAUGGAACUUUGAAAUGUAUUAUUGGAUAGAUAGCCUCCAUCUGUGGCGCUAUUUUAAGCCGGGAAUGGCAUGUCAUGUUUUGCUCUUUAGUAGUUCUGUAGUUUAUUAGUCAUUAAUAUGAUUACUUAUUGCUUCUCAUGGUAAUUAUAAGCACUAUGUAAUUAUAAACACAGUAAUUAUAUAAGAUAUCAUUAAACAAGACCUGCUAAUCUGGCUACAUUCACCUCUUUACAAGGAAUUUCUCUGAUGGAUUUCCAAAGUGCAACAUCCGUUAUUUUUAAUUCCUUAGAGUGUUUGUUUUUACAGUCAUAUUUGUAACCAUUUAUGAUAAUAAAAGAUGA